AUGACUCAAAUAAACUUGUCGAACGGCCACACCGCCAGCUCUGCCACGGCAGGAACGGAGAGAUGUCUUCCAACUGUCACUCCUGGGGAAACAUUUUGGCAAAAUGAGAAACAUGAGCUUCAUGAUCAUCGAUCAACAGACCAAUUACCUGAGCACAGUGAUAUCGUGAUCAUUGGUGCCGGGUACGCUGGCGUUGGUACUGCCUAUCAUCUCGUGAAAGAUUAUGAUGCAAAGUCCGUCACGAUCUUAGAGGCUCGGGGUGCUUGCUCUGGUGCAACAGGUCGGAAUGGUGGUCACUGCAGACCUGAUCUUUACGGCCACAUCCCUACCUAUAUGGACCGAGCAGGACCUCAAGCCGGUGCUGAGAUCGCUCAGUUCGAAAUCGCCAAUCUGCGAGCCCUGAAGAAAAUCAUCAGAGAAGAGAAGAUCGAUUGUGAUUUCACUUUGACUCGUUCAACAGAUGUCUGGUGUAACGAGGAGUCUGCGAAGAAAGCCAAGGCGGUCUACGACCGGAUGGUGGCCGAGAAGUUCGAUUACAUGAAUGAUGUCAUUUUCUACACUGGAGACCAAAGUGAAGGAAUAUCCGGUGUCAAGGGUGCAAAGGCAUGUGCAAGCUUCACAGCCGGUACAAUGUGGCCGUAUAAAUUUAUUAUGCAUCUCGUCCAGUUGAUCGUCACAGCUGGCGUGAACCUGCAAACAAAUACACCAGUCACAUCCGUGGAGCCAGGUCCACAAGACCAAGGUGGUUUCACUGUCACCACCUCUCGAGGAAAGAUGCAUGCAGGCAAGGUCGUGUAUGCCAAUAACGCCUACGUGUCCGGCAUUCUCCCUCAGUAUAAAAAGAACAUUGUCCCCUGCAAAGGAAUUUGCUGUCGAAUCACUCUUCCCGAAUCAAGAGCAUCGCCCCUACUCACUAAUUCAUACAUCAACCGAACCGAAGACAACACCCUCUCAUACCUGAUUCCUCGCUCAGACGGCAGCAUCAUUGUCGGAGGCGCCGCGGCCGUCUUCCGAAACUCUGAAGAGCAGUGGUAUGACAAUGUGGAUGACAGCGUUCUAAUUGAUGUUGCAAAGGACUACUACAAUGAUUAUAUGCAACGAACAUACCAUGGAUGGGAGGGUGCUAAGGUCGAUAAGAUCUGGUCUGGUGUGAUGGGAUACUCGUACGAUUCCAACCCGCAUAUCGGUAUUGUUCCUGGGAAGCCAGAUCAGUACAUUCUUGCUGGUUUCAAUGGCCAUGGUAUGCCCGUCAUUUGGUUAUCCUCGAAGGGGAUGGCCAAGAUGAUUGCUGAGGAUGUUCCAUUUGAGCAAACCGGUCUGCCUCGGCUGUUCCAGACCACACAGUUUCGUAUUGAUCGUGCGUUGAACGGGAAGGAGGAGGAUGGUGAUAUCCUGGGAACUGGAAAGGCUGCAGCUACGAAGCCAUAG